AUGGAUAUUUCUGUUCCAAUGCACGACACUAAAUCGCGGCCACUUUCUGCUAUUGUCUCAAAAUCAAAGAAACGAUAUUCAUUGUAUUUGAGGAAGCGCGUUCGGCAAAGUCGUCUCUCGUUUGCCACCACAAUCCAGGAACGACGCAAGGCACGUUGCAUUUCCAGUACUCCCAGUCAAUGGGAGCUGCAACUGAUUGAGGGACUGCUAGGCGACGACUUGGACGAUAGCACCGACAUCGAGGAGCUUCCUGAGAUCCCAGAACCAUCGAACCAACUACAGACUCAAAGGCUAAGUAUACGGAAGCUACCCACGAGACCAACGCUGAAAAUCCAGAAAGUUGAACCUGAAGUGACCGAGCCUCUGCCGAAAGUGCUUGAAGUGCAGACGCUACCCUCACGACCUCUACUGACCGUUUUACAGGCUGUGCAAGCAAAUGAGGAUAUCCUUGACGAUUGUGCUUCGUUCGAGUCGGAGUCCGAGUCCGAGGAGGACUUUGGCGAUUUUGAAGCACCCAACGAUUUGCAGAAAGUCAUCACUUUUGCAGAGGUGCCGCAAAUCAAACUCUAUGCUGAUGACUGGCCACUUCCCAAGGCAGAGAAACCAGCUCCGCCAUCGUUGUACUCAGUGGAAAGCCACCCUCAUCCGCUUAGAGGGAAUCCACCCGACCAUCAAAUUCGAAAAUGCGUUUCCAACACCUCUUUGCGGUUAUCAGCAUCCAAGUUUCACAAACUUGUUGAGUUUGGGAAGAUCUAA